AUGGUUUCCAAAGAAGGUAUUAUGAGAACUGUCAGCAAGGUUAAAUCAAUAGCAGACGAUACAAUCGAACUAGAGAACAAUUAUUAUUAUAUCUUGUUGGCAUUGUUGCACUCAUCAGAUGACACAAUAGUCGUUAGCGAAGAGGGUGAACCUUUACCUGGUGACGAAU